GCAAUACCUGUAAACAUACACUACCGAUCACAUUACUGCUAAAAAAGGGAACAGUUUGUGGAAAACCGCGGUAUAUGAACUUGAUCGAGUUUCCAUGAAAAUUAUGGUUGCGCGCAUCCGGGUAGGUUAUUUAAUCAUUAAUGUUAUUGACACGCUCUCAGUUUAAAAACCAGUGUCUAUAAAACCUUGCUCGUUUUAUAACACUCCGCGAUCUUCUCUGCGAUCAGACCCGUAGUUUUGUUUGAAUCAUAGCAGAUACCGCACAGUCGAUGCUCUUAAGCUGUGGUUGCCCUAACAGGCCUUCAAGACUAAACAGCCCAAAAGAUUGGAGUAUUAUCUUAAACAUGUCGGCAUUGAAGAGAAGCCCCCGAAAUGUCCGCAGUCCGCGCAGCACAGCGGCCAUGGUCAAACACCUGCCGUCUGCGGUGGCCGCCUUACUACAGUCGGGAAAGGGGCCGGCAAAGUUGACCAAAGUCGACACCCCGGACGGGGUAAAGGCGGUGCCCUUAGCCGACUGGCUAUGGGACAAAAGUCAGGUGCAGGCGCAGGCGGCACUCGACACUGACUUCAUCCAGGGCAUCAAGAGUGGUCUUCUGGAUCCCACCAACUACGGUGGCUACACAGUUCAGGACGCCGUGUACUGCGAUAAUGCCACUGACUACUUUGGGAUCGCUGAGAUGAAAGCCUGCGAUAAAGACCUAAAGGAAUUCAUUGCCGCACGCAUAAAAAGUUACGCUGAGUACACGGAGAUAAUGUUCAAAGAGUGGUACAUCCAGGACCCGAAAGGGAUUGCCAUGGGAGACGCCGCUGCCUCCUACUCUAAAUUCGAGCUGGGCGUGGCUACAAAGGAGGAACCGUUUUACCUGCUGAUUGCCAUGUUGCCGUGUGAGAAGCUGUGGGGGUGGCUUUCCCAGCAGAUCGAAUCAGGCAUAAAUGACACCAACGUGUACAGUUUCUGGAUAGAAGAUAACCUGCCGGGAAGCCAUACACUCGCGACUUACAUCAACGAGAAUGCCGUGAGGUUUGGCGUGGAUCCACAGAAGGCCAUGGACAUCUACCAACAGGGUAUGCAGUGCGAGGUGGAUUUUUUCACUUCGGGAACAAUCGAGGAGGUAAACUGAAUGGUCUGAAUGUCCAACGUUCCAACUGUGAGGUUGCAACACUCUUAAUUAAUAAAUUAAUGCAAAAUUACACAUGAUCGAAACCUACUUGGUGAACGUUAGGCUCCGUCAUUUUUUUGCAAUUCUAUUAGCGCAAUUGAUACUGGAAUACUCUUUUUUAUAAUGUUUUUUUUUAGCUCGUGGCAAUUGUAGCAGUUUAUGGCAAUUUUUGGAAAAUCGCGUUUUAUUCGUAGAAUUUAGUUUUAAGUGGAAUGUUAUCUGUAACAUAUGAUCAUUAAGUAUGUGCGUAUUAAACCUAUGUACAAAAUAAAACAUGGAGGCGUAUUGGUGCGAAUCAAAAAUUAUUAUGUUGAUUGUACACGGUAAAUGGUCUUGGUCAAAAUACUAUAAAAAAAAUAGAAAGAAAAAAUGGCAACAUGUCACCACCAGCUGACAAUUUGGAGUUUGUGAUUUGUUUUU